AUGGGUUUGCUGGACUUCCUGGGGCUGGAGGUGAGGGGGGGCUCCUUGCCCACCUCCACUUCCUGGCCAACCCGGAGGUUCCCAGGGGAUCCAGCUGCCUCCCUGCCAAAUCCCUCUGGGCCGCUUUGCAACUCUGUCUCCGAAUUUCAAGGUUGUUCCCGGAAGCCAGAAAAGGAAGGCCUCUCGCUGGCUCAAAACCAGGUUUUUUUCAGCCGGGCAGCUGCCCAGGAGCCCCUCAGCGCUUCCUUCCCUGCAGCCAAGAUGCCUGCGAGCCCGGAGUCUCCGGCGGGGAGCUCUGCAAAGCGAGGGAACAUUUCUGGCCGCUGCCUGGCUCGCUUGGGACCCGGCCAAAUUCCUGCGAGCCACACCGGCGCUGUGGACGUGCGCGGCCCGCUGUCUUUGGGAGCCCCCCGCCGCUCCGGUGCACAAUGCCUGGCGGGGCCGGGAGCUUCUGCUCCGCCCCGGCUGCGACGGCCGGCCGGUGCCGAAAGGAAAGAAUUCGGGGCGGGGAGGAAAGAGAAAACGGGCGCCUCGAAGGAAGAAAAGCAGCAGCCCCUCCUCAGCCGGGGCCGCAUCCGCCUUGCCUGUCCGAGACCCCGCUGGGCAGGAGCCCCCCCGCGGAAGGGCCCGGACCCCGCAGCGCCCCUCUCGGGCUCGCCUCCUCCCGGCCGCUCCAGGGACUCCGCCCACCCGCCUCGCCGCGCACCUGCCGGCCUCACCUGGCUGCGCCCGCGGCCUGUGGGCCCCUCGAGCAGGACUGGAGGCCUCGGCGCCGGCGGCGGACUGAGCCCGAAGGGGAGGCUGCGCGGACCUCCCCCUUCCCGGAGGCCGCCCCCGCCCCCCGCCCCUCCCCGCCGUUCCACCUGCCUGGAGCCCCGCCCCGCCCGCAAGCCCGCCUGGCCCGCCCCUCAGCCUCAGCGGGCCUGGAGCCCGGCUCCCGGGGGAGGGGAGGGGAGGGGAGAGCGGCGGGACCCCAGCCUCCCGCUCCCGUCGCCGCCGCCCCCGCCCCCCCAGCCAGGCCAAGCGCUGGGCGCCGCGGGACUGGCCGGUGGGGGCCAGGAGAGGCUUGAGACGGCGGAACCUCCCCCGGGAGCCCCCCAGCCGAGGCGGGGACCGGCCCCCCAAAAGGCCGCCUGGGCGUGA